AUGGAACAGAUCGGACCAUCGACAUCGCGGCAAGAUGUAGACGGAGAGUCGAGUGUGGGCAGCCACGCGACCCGUAAAGCGCACAGAGUUGUGGUGAGGGAGGAGAGGAGUGGGUUUCCAAGUCAUCUGAUUCUGUUAGAGUUACAAAAAGUAAACAAGAAAUCGCGUGUUAGCUAUGCCGCACGUCCCCUGGCUGAGCAGAACGGGGAAUUGCAGCAACAGAAUGCCGGCCAGCCAGCUAGAUCUACAAGCCGUACUACAGGUAAGGUGCGUGGGCGGCCGCAGCAGAAUGGACAGGCGGUGGUGGAGGCUGCGCCCCCUGCCUCGGCUCCAUCCGGCCCCGUUGCUGCCGUCUCCAAGGCGAACGCAGCAGCGGCUGCGCGGAGGAAGUCUAACGUGGUGUCGGAGAUCGAGCGACUGCAGAAGAACCGUGAGGAUCGGCGGGCGAGGCAGGCAGAGCUGAUGCAGCAGAAGGUCGACUCAGGAGACGUGACCAACCCCAACUGGGCCUUCAUGCAGAUGAUACGGGGUCAUACGAUGGGCGGAGAUUUCUCAGGAAAACAACAAGACUGUGCGAAGGGCAUUUACGCUUUAGCAGCAAAGGAUGUAUUCAAGCUGCUGGCAACAAAGUAUAAGAAGCAGGACUUGUGUGUAGGAGCGAGUUUCUUUGAGAUUUAUAGCGGGAAGGUGUUCGACUUGCUGAAAAAGAAAGCGAAGCUACGAGUGUUGGAAGAUGGCAAGCAGGUGGUGCAGGUCGUUGGUUUACAGGAGGUUGCCGUGAAUAACGUCGAGGACGUCUUGAAGCUGAUUGGUCAUGGCAACAACGUGCGCACGUCGGGCCAGACGUCGGCCAAUCAGCACUCUUCGCGCUCCCACGCCGUGUUCCAGAUCAUCUUGAGGAAAACGAAUACGAAGAAGCUGCAUGGUAAGUUUUCGUUGAUUGACCUCGCGGGUAACGAGCGAGGGGCGGACACGUCGAGUUCCAACCGUCAGACGCGCAUGGAGGGUGCCGAGAUCAACAAGAGUCUCCUCGCUCUCAAGGAGUGUAUCCGGGCGUUGGGACGUAACGGCGCGCACCUGCCGUUCCGAGCGAGCAAGCUUACACAGGUGCUACGAGAUUCCUUCAUCGGUGACAACAGUCGCACGUGCAUGAUUGCAAUGAUCACACCUGGAAUGAGUUCUGUGGAGCACACACUCAACACACUGCGAUACGCCGACAGAGUGAAGGAGCUCGGACCGGCUGGACCGGCGGACUACAGACCUGCCCCCCGCAACGAAGACAUGUUCUCGCCCACCGGCGCCCUCUCUCCGCAGAACAGCGACCUUGCCCUGCUCUGCACGCAAAACGAGGAGGAGGUGAGCGCAGAGCUGUACACGUUCCACGAGGCUGUCUCGCACCUGCAGGAGAUGGAGGAGGAGGUCGUCGACGAACACAAGAACCUCAUCGCUGCGUCGCGACACUGGCUGGAGGACGAUGAACAGCUGAUGUCGAUCACGGAUGAGGUGGAUUACGACGUGGAGGCUUACGCUCAGCAGCUUGAGGAACUCUGUCAGCAGAAGAUCAACUCACUGGAGAAAUUCAAAGCGCGCGUGAGCAACUUCCGACAGCAGCUCGCGGACGAAGAAGCCAUGAGCAAGAACAUCGUCAAACGACCGCCGAACAAGUAACCGCCCGCCGCCGCCGCUGCGACCCUCCCCCCCGCGCGCGCACGGGACGACCUCGACGACGGAAGCCUAGCGACGAGGGGAAAUACAUGUCCGCUCGUACGCUAGAUUAGAUUCGGCCGCGCGUGCGCGACUUAAACGACAGCGUUGAAUGUGUUUCAACAUUGUCGGGUGGUCACGGAGUACAUAUGCCUAACUCAACCUACUGAUUGUCACUAGGGGGCGCCGAUAGACCGAGUGAUUGUCACUAGGGGGUGCUGAUGGUCCCUAGGGGGAGUGAUUGUCACUGGGGGCGGGGCGUCAGCGCGCUUUCAUUCGGUGAUAAGUUUCCGUGAGCUGAGUCGGUCACGGCUGGCUGACUGCAGGGAUGUAUCGUUGCGCGCCACUCGGUAACGCGACGCCUCGCUUCGUGUCUCUCUCGCCAGGCGCCGCGUCCGAGAUAUACACGCCGCAUAUCUCGAAUUCCGCGUUCGAGAGAGAGAGACGAGAUCGUUUCCUCGUCGCCUGCGGCGUUACGACUCUACUUACAGCAAAAUGAUCGUCGCGUGGCGUGACCAUGCGACGACGCGCGGGGGGGGGGGUAAGGGGAAAUGCAAACCCGUGAUUCCACUUGCGCGCAAUAAUCGGUAGCGGCUUUGCGUGUGCGAGCGCUUUCGCGAGCUCGUUCGUUCGUUUGCGAGGUUGCCGUGGUUAGCCACCGGCUAGCAUUGUAGCUAGACGGUUAGGGUUAGGGUUAGGGGGUAGCUUUAGCGAGUGUAGUGACAGCUUGACGUGGCGCGGCCAGAAUGCUGCAGUAUUGUUGCUUCUCACCGAACUACGAUCCCCCGUCGCGCGUUAUACCCCAGCAAACGAAAGCCUUAACAAUCUGUGAGAAAUCUCUAGUAGCCUUCAUGGCGUCUCGUCGUACCGGUAGCACUAUUCUGAGACCGUGUAGGUUGUACACACGUACACACAAACGCGCACGCACACCUAACAACACGCAUGCACACCCAACCACGCACGCACACCCAACAACACACGCAUGCACACCCAACCACGCACGCAUGCACACUCGACCAUUAACGCAUGCACACCCAACCACGCACACAAGCACACGCCUGCAGUCGGGGGUAAGCUAUCAUCAGGGGGUUAACAAUGGUCGAUACAUAGACCUAUUAUUUACUCCUAGUAACGUGCUGUUCUUGUCCUUUACUUCAUGAUAUGAUGUGUACGUGUGUGUGCCCUCCUUCGAAACUUUGCUGGCACAACUUCAAUCUGCUAGCUCAGUGAGACGGGGAGAGGGAUAGGCCGGCCCCUUCACAUUCCCCACCGAGGCAUGGCAAGUGUAUAUAUAUAUAUAUAUAUAUAUAUAUGUUGCUGUGACAGCAUCAGUGCUUGUUAGCUUUCUCUGCUACAGAUUCAUUGCUUUGGCCAGUAUCGCGACGAUGAGGCGGUCGUAUUCAGUUCCCUGAGUUUGUAGGUGGACUGUGAUGUAGUGCAUGCUGUUGCUGCUGCUGCUGCUG